UAAUAGAUGUGCUGUGGUCAUACACUCUUCACUACCAAAAACAUCUAUCCUCACAACAAACCGAACAAGCUCAAGUAACGAAAUCAAAGCAUGGGAAGCCUCAAGUCUCUGGUUAUCUUGGCUUUGCUUUUUUCCCUCUCUCUCGCUGUUUUUGCCGACACAUCCAACGAUGCUUCUACACCUAAAGAUGAAGUGAAGCCAAGUGAAGCGACCGAUGCCAUAGGGCAACAUCAACCCCAGGCUGCGGAGGCCGAAACCGAGGCCAACGAUGUUGUUGUUGAACCUCAGCAGCGGGUCCGUUGUGGCUGUAUAAACGGAUGUUGCGGAAUCUGCCGUUAUGGACGGUGCAGCUACUGUUGUCCCAGACCACAAUCCGAGGAGGCCGUGGAAACCGAAGCUAUUGAUGCCAACUUUGUUGAACCUCAGCAAGGGGGCCGUUGUGGCUGUAGAUACAGAUGUUGCGGAAUCUGCCAUUAUGGACGGUGCAGCUACUGUUGCCCACGUGCUCAAGCGGAGGCUGAAGUUGUUGAGCCCCAACAACGUAGCAGAUGUAGGUACGGUUGCUGCGGAAGCUACGCUUAUGGGCAGUGCAGUGCUUGUUGUUCCAAGAAGAUGGCUACUGAAGAAGCGGAGAAAAAGGAAGAAGCUAAGCCAUGAAUGGUGUGUAACACAAACUCUAUGUUUGUACUUUGUAUGCAUGGACGCAUGGUAUAUAUUACUGUUUCGUACAUAUGUCAAAAUAAGAGAAAAAUGAUGCUAUGAGAAGGUCUAUAGCUCAAUAAAAAAAGUCACAGGAUCAUAUAAUAUGUAUUUUGUUAUGGAGUGUUUUCCUCGUGAAGAUUGUAAUAAUAACUACUGUUUAAAUAUUAAA